CCCUGAAGCAGCGCUGGGCCAGGCGAGCCAGGGCAGCGGAGAGCCGGUGCUUGCGAGCCCGCGGUGGACUGGGGGACUGGGGGACUGGGGGACUGGGUGCACUGAGUGGCCACCACUACUACUGGCCAGUGGCCAACAACAAGAGCAGGACGAGCAGGAACAAGCAGGGCUCAACAACAGUGGUGGCCAGCGGUUGCGACAUCAACCCAAGGCCGACACCCCCGUCCUCGUCAGAGAUCUCUAACUCGAAAGGGCAUAGCUGGUCCCGCUCGUCGACUCGCUGUUGACUUGGCUUGGCCUGCCUGCCUGCCCUGCCCUGGAUGAAUCCUCGUCCUGCCAGUGCUUCUCUCACCUCUUCUUUCCUCCCCAUCUCCAUAUCCAUCCAUCAACCCCAACCCCAACCCCAAGCACGCUGCACGAUACUUAGGACUGGUCACAUCCAUCGUCGUUCGCAGUUUCCCUCUCCUUCCUUCCUUCUCUUCUCCGACCUCACCUCCUUCCUAAUUACCUACUUCCUCGCUCUCGCUCGCCGCCUAAUCAUCACUUCUCUUGUUCAUCCUCGCCUUCCCACUCUUCCAUCGAGUCAUCUCGCCGACCUCGCCCUGACCACCUCGAUUCUGCGUCAUUCCCAAGUGCUUCAAAGCAACAACAACAUUCCUCAACCCACACAACCAAUCAACAAGAGCAUUGCACACUUGUGCAACUUCUCUGUGAUAGAUUUUUCGGAAAACAUCAUCGAUCGACCAUCGGCGAAUCAUCUCCUUGUUGCUCUUCCACUGCUCCGAGCUUCAAGCUUCAGUUCUCCAUCCACGACACAACUCAGUUCGUCCCAAGCGGAUAAGGCAGACGAAGAGCAAGCUCUUCGACUACCUGUUCCCUACAACCAAAACAACCAACACAUGAUUUCAACAACAGUUCCCGAGAUUGUCUCCAGAUAGACUUCAGCUUCCACCGAUUUCCAAUCUGACAAUCUCGAACUCCGUCGAGUCAUACAACUCCGAUCAUCUACGAACUUCUCGAGCCUUCCCCAUCCAUCACACACACUUCAUUCACGACUACCAUCUUGACACUUUGCAAUUGACGUCCGUUGAUUGUAUUGCCUCGUCCGUUGACCCGUUACUCGUCGACCACCCACCUCACUCUUCCACAACAAACACGCUCCGGCAGUACGUUUGCUCGUACUGCUCCUGAGGAUAUCUCCAUACCUCGGACACUCGUUCUUUACACAUUUGACUUCCAUGUCAGCAUAACGACUUCUCAUUUCUUUCCCGGACACUCGUCCCAUCUGUUACGACCACCACACAAUUCCCUUUGUUAGCGAUUCGAAUACCCAUCAAUGAGCCUCUGACCCCUACCCAUCACGAUACACAUCCGGAGUUUUCGCCAGUUAUCAUUCUUUCGGCGGUUGAAAUACAUCUAUAUAGCGUUGCCAGUUUGAUUAUUCGACAUUUCCACCAUUCCGGUUCGGCUCUUCGACCACCCUCCCCAGGAGUCUAGCUCCGUGUGCCAUCAACUUUGUUUAGAGAAAGACAAAAGCAUUUCCCAACCGUACUGCUCAACUGCAUUCUCUUUGGGACCAAAAACAUUGCCGUUGUACUACUACUACUGCUUUUGCCGCUCUCACACCUAAUUAACACAUAUCUACGUUAUCCACCCACCAACACUCAACAACCUCACCUGCACGUUUCUCGAAAUGGAGUGCCUCCGAGAUAGAUUCUACGACGGAGUCGUCCUUGAUGGACGGUUCAGGACCGUAUCUCCUCUCAACCAUGGCUCUUUCGGCAUGGUCUUCAUGGCCGAGGAUUUGACAAACCACGAGAUGGUUGCUAUCAAGUGCUUGACCAAGAAGUCAGCCAUCACUGAUGGAGACUAUUCAUUUGCUGUUGAUGAGAAGUCCGAGGAGUUGGCCUGCCACGCACUCCUAGGCAACCACGCGAACAUCGUCAAUCUUAUCCAUUCAUUCGAGACCGAUGCCCACAUCUACAUUGUCCUCGAGUUCUGUGCAAGGGGUGACCUGUACGAGGCCAUCCGAACUGGCACCGGCCCAUUGGAAACCGAACACGUUCGCCGAUUCAUGCUUCAGCUGGUCGACGCCGUUGCCUAUAUCCACGACAAGGGCCUCUUCCACCGAGACAUCAAGCCAGAGAACAUCUUCCUCACCCAAGCCGGAGAGAUGAAGCUCGGUGAUUUUGGCCUCGCUACCACCGACAAGUGGACCUACGAGACGACUGUUGGAAGUGACCGAUACAUGUCUCCAGAACAGUACGAUUCAGCUGGAGCUGGAUAUGCACCUGAACAAGCCGAUAUCUGGGCCAUUGGUAUCUGCUUGUUGAACAUUCUCUUCUCUCGCAACCCGUUCACCACACCGACAGAAUCGGACCCUCUGUUCUUGGAUUUCUCCCGCGAUAAGCAAUCACUUUUCGAUGUCUUCCCAACCAUGUCUCAAGAUACCUACGAAGUCAUUGCCCAGUGCAUGAGCUUGGACCCACGCAAGCGUUCAUUGCAAGGUGCACGUGAGGCUCUCGAACGCCUCGUCAGCUUCACCACCUUCGAUGAAUCGUUGGAUGACUUCUGUAUGGCUGAGAGACGAGGCAUCGCCAGUGCCAAUCGGGAGCCUCUUCGUACUCCAUCCAUUCAAAGCCCUCAAGUGGACAAUGGUUCCUUCCCAUGGGCCAAGGCCUUGCAUGCAAGCCCACCUCAACAAUUCCGUCAGUUGUCAGUCAUUGCAGACGACGAGAGCUACGACUCUGAGGAUCUCUUUCCCAGCUCGGAGGAAAGCAAUAAGGAUUGGUUCUCUGUUGGUCAACAGACCCCGUCGUUGGCAUCCAUGCUUGACUCGUCUCUUGGAGCUUCGAUGAAGUCGAUGGCCAUCAGACGGCCAAUGAAGUCUGGACCUCCCAAGGCGAGCCUGACCCCAAUCUCAGGCUCACUUCCAAUUACCAUGUCAAAGCCAAAGCCUCUGCCAUCCCUUGCAUCAAUCUUCGGCAAAAAGAACGAGGUCGUCUCCAAGAGCUGGAGUGACCUUUGGGAUGAGGACAUCGAAGAGGAGGAAGAAACCGACAAGCAAUUGAAGGCACGACAAAUGCAGAAUGCACGAACCUGGAGUCACGAGAGCAAGCACGAUGAAGAUGAUACGAUACGCCGCGGACCGUUGGAGCCGAAGAGCUCUUCUUUUGUAAAUAUUGCGAAGCCCGAUACUGUUACCACCGCCAAUGAUAUCGAUGGAGACCUCGUUGCGGAUGGCUUCUUCUUCCAUGACACCCCAAAGGAGAUGGUCAUUCCGCAAUACUCCCCUCGAUACUCACCACCACCCAAGCGAACCACUGGCGAUAAGUGGUCCAAGUUGGGAGAACGCAGGCGAGCGUACACUGGUACGUCAGACUCGGAGAAAUCUCCCGAGUUGUGGAAGGCACGUCGGAAUGUUGGAUUGGGCUUCUCUGGGUUUGGAGCCGGCGUUGGAGUUUGGGACAAGUUGAAUACUACUGUUAAAGAUACUGCUGCUAGGGAUAAGGGCAAGGGUUGCCCUUGGGCCAAGGAGAAGAGCCGUGAUCAUGGCUUCAAACGUCAUGGCCAUGACCUGGAAUGGGUCGGGGGGUUCACGGACCUCCAUUUAUGAGUUGGGUUGAGGGUAAAAUUUUACCUUCACUUGUAGUUCUUAGCACUAUCUUUGUAUACUUCUUGCUGGACGUGGCAUCUAUUAUCAUUAGGUGUCGCAGACAGUUGGGGGCAUUGGAGAUUCCCUGCUUGAACUCGCUUUUCUGUGUAUUAGAUAUCUCCGGACUUGAAAAUACCAGAUAAUUACC